AUGGUUAAGGUUACUUUAGAUAACGUUCAAUUAUUAGGUAAAUUAGAUUCCACUCCUUUAUUCACUAAUUCCAAAACAACCCCUGCUGAUGUUUUAACUAAGGGUGCCUUGGAAUUUGUUGUUUUAUUACACAGAACAUUUAAUAAGACAAGGUUACAAUUAUUAGAUAAUAGACAGAAAGUUCAAAAGAAAAUUGAUUCCGGUGAAUACAAGUUAGGAUAUUUGCCAGAGACCAAAUUUAUCAGAGACGAUCCUACAUGGACUGGUCCACCAUUAUCCCCUGGCUUAAUUGAUAGGUCUACAGAAAUCACUGGUCCACCAGUUAGAAAUAUGCUAGUCAAUGCCUUAAACAGUGAUGUUAAGACAUAUAUGACUGAUUUUGAAGAUUCUGCCUCUCCAACUUGGGAAAAUAUGAUUUACGGCCAAGUUAACUUGUAUGAUGCCAUUAGAGAUCAAAUUGAUUUUGAUACACCAAAGAAAAGUUAUAAAUUGAACAAAAGAUUUAUUGAGUCUCCAACUGUGAUUGUUAGACCAAGAGGCUGGCAUUUGGUUGAAGCACAUGUCUUGGUUGAUGGCGAACCAAUCUCUGCUUCCAUGUUUGAUUUUGGUAUUUAUUUUUAUCACAAUGCUCGUAAAUUAAUUGAAUUGGGUAAAGGUCCUUAUUUCUACUUACCUAAGAUGGAACAUCAAUUGGAAGCUAAAUUAUGGAACGACAUUUUUAACGUUGCUCAAGAUUACUUGGGCAUCCAAAGAGGAACUGUUAGAGCCACAGUUUUAAUUGAAACAUUACCAGCUGCUUAUCAAAUGGAGGAAAUUAUUUACCAAUUGAGAACACAUUCUAGUGGUUUGAAUUGUGGUAGAUGGGAUUAUAUUUUCUCUACCAUUAAGAGAUUGAGAAAUUUACCAGGACAUGUUUUACCAAAUCGUGAUCAGGUUACUAUGACCAGUCCUUUUAUGAACGCUUAUGUUGAAAGAUUGAUUAACAUUUGUCAUAGUAGACAGGUCCAUGCUAUGGGUGGUAUGGCAGCUCAAAUUCCAAUCAAAGAUGAUGCUAAGAAGAAUGAGGCGGCUAUGUUGAAAGUUCGUAAAGAUAAGGAAAGAGAAUUAAGUAAGGGACAUGAUGGUAGUUGGGUUGCUCACCCUGCUCUAGCUGCUAUUUGUAACGAUGUUUUUAAUAAUAUGGGUACUGCUAACCAAAUAUAUUGGAUUCCAAAUUAUGAGGUUAGUGCUAGUGAUUUAUUGAACACUAAUAUUACUGGUGGUAUCGUUACUACUGAUGGUAUCAGAGUUAAUUUGGAUAUCGGGUUGCAAUAUAUGGAAGCUUGGUUAAGGGGCUCCGGUUGCGUGCCAAUUAACUACUUGAUGGAAGAUGCUGCAACUGCUGAAGUUUCUCGUUGUCAAUUGUACCAAUGGGUUCAUCACAAGGUAAAAUUGAAUGAUUCUGGUGAGAUUGUUACUCCUGAUUUAACAAGUAAGAUUUUAAAGGAACAAGUUGAAGCAUUGAUUGCUAAGUCAAAGACACCAGAAAAUAACAAAUAUAUUGAGUUGGCUGCUAAAUAUUUUGAACCUGAAAUUAGAGGUGAGCAUUUUAGUGAAUUUUUGACUACUUUAUUAUAUGAUGAAAUUGUCACCCCAUUAGAUAAACCAGUUGAUUUAUCUACUUUGAAACCAUGA